AUGGAGGCGAAACCCCAAAAGGGCAAGAACGUGGUCAGAUCUAGGAGUGUCAACUGGCCAAACGCCGUUGUUCCCUAUAAUUUGCAGCCUGGCAUGAGUUCUAGUUACAAGCGGAUCGUGAAGAGCGGCAUGGAUUGGCUGAUGAAGGGCUCGUGCCUGAAAUUCCGGCCCCGCCGUGCUGGGGACAAGGACUACUUGUACAUCUUGUACGACUCGGCCGGCUGCUGGAGCUAUAUAGGGCGCCAGGGUGGCGGACAGGCCGUAAGUCUGCAGUCUAACGGCUGCUUUGAACCUGGCGUGGUGGCCCACGAGCUGCUGCACGCCGUCGGCUUCCUGCACGAGCAAAGCGCGACCAAUAGAGACGAGUAUAUCUUAGUCAACUUCACCAAUAUUGAAAGAGAUAAAUAUGCACAAUUCAUGAAAUACAAUGCAACCCUGAUUACUGAUUACAACGUUGGCUACGACUACGACAGCUUGAUGCAUUACAGCCGUAAAGCCUUUUCCAAAAACGGCCUGGACACCAUCGUCCCCUACCAACCUGGCGUGGAGAUUGGCCAACGCAGCCACGUAUCCGAAAAAGAUUUGGAGAAGCUCAACUUCAAGUAUUGCAACAAGACGGUGGAGGCGAUGGAACAAACCACCCAGUCGAGUAGACCGACCACAAGACCCAGACCUGGCACUGUGGUCAAGCCAAGUGGAAAUAAUAAACCUGGCACCAAUACAGCUGGACGGCCUGGAGGAUCAGGCGGAAAUCGCCCUGGAAACAACGCUGGAGGCCGACCUGGCUGA